AAAGCCUCUGUCCUGACAGCACGCGCCACCACCGCAAGGCAGACGCUGCUGAGUGCGUUCAGUAGUUACGCUGGUCGUGAGUAAUGUCGGGACGGUGUAAUUAACGAGAGUUCGGGACGAAAACAUGGAGGAACAACCCUCGCUAAUAUCAUCGAAGCUUUUCCUGAAGAACAGACAGGUAGAAGUUGCUCUGUCACGCGCUGUUCUUACAUGGAAGGAAAUUAAGGAAAGCAAGAAUAGAAUCCCUCUCAUUCCUCAAGCAGAUCUCAGCCAUGCUGUUCCUGUAAGUGAAAUUGUGGCUGUCCACAAGCCAGAAGACGAGGACCAACCACAGAUGAGGAGGACUCAGAAAAAGAAUAAGGAAUCGUCUCAGUUUGUUCCCUACGCAUUCACAGUUUCCUACGUGCGGCGGAUGAAGCAGCACCAGUGGCAGUGCAGCGAUGUGACGUUCCUCUGCGACAGCCGGGGACUCUGUGAGCAGUGGAUCCAAGUUACGAAUGAGCAGCUGUCAUUACUCACCAACCGACCAAAGAGCCUGCUGGUGUACAUCAAUCCUUGCGGAGGAAAGCAGCGUGGAAAGCGUAUUUACGAGCAGAAGGUGGCACCUGUUUUUCGGCAAGCCGGCAUCUUUACAGAUGUGAUUGUUACGGAGCGUGCUAAUCAUGCCAGAGACCACUUGAGAACUGAGGCUAAUCUAGACAAAUAUGAUGGGGUGGUGUGUGUGGGUGGAGAUGGAAUGUUCAGUGAGAUCCUGCACGGGCUGGUUACCAGGACCCAACGUGACCACGAUGUAGAUCAAAACCGGCCAGAUGCAGAGUUGGUGUCGUGCCUUUCACGCAUCGGGAUCAUCCCUGCAGGGUCAACCGACUGUAUCUGCUUUGCCACUGUGGGAACAAAUGAUCCAGUUACUUCUGCGUUACACAUCAUCGUUGGUGAUAACCAACCAAUGGACGUAUGCUCCAUUCACCACGGGACACCUUCCCUCAGAUACUCGGUCUCGUUGCUCGGUUACGGUUUCUAUGGAGAUUUACUGGCAGACAGCGAAAAGAAGAGAUGGCUCGGUCCUGCCAGAUAUGACCUGUCAGGGUUUAAAACAUUUUUUUGCCACAAUUUCUAUGAAGGCACCGUCUGUUUCCUCCCUGCUGAGGACAGCGUGGGACACCCAAGGGACAAGCUCCAGUGUAAAUCUGGGUGCCGCAUCUGUCAGCACAAGCUCGAAUCAAAGGAAAAGCACAAGGAGAUGCCAGAAGAGAAGGAAAAGGCUGGCAAAGACAGCAACAAAGGAUGGAAUGUGGUCCGUGGUGAAUUCAUCUCUGUCAAUUCAGCCUGCAUGAGCUGCUCUUGUCCCCGAUGUCCAAAAGGUCUGUCUCCCUCCGCUCACCUUGCUGAUGGCACCACAGACCUGAUCCUUAUCAAGAAGUGUUCCCGCAUGAACUUCUUCAGACAUCUCUUUCGACACACCAACAAGCAGGACCAGUUUGACCAUUCGUUUGUGGAGGUCCACCGGGUGAAAAAGUUCCAUUUCCAACCUAAAGUCGAUUCUCCUGAAGACCAGAGUUAUCAUCCAGAGAAGACAGCCUGUGGUCCCAAAUUUUCUAACCCAAAAAUCAGCAACUACAGCACAGCCGUCAGCAGCUGGACCUGCGAUGGGGAAAUCCUGCAUCACGCUGCCAUUCAGGUCAGCGUCCAGCACCAGCUGAUCAGGCUGUUUGCUCGUGGAAUCGAGGAACAGCAAUGAGCAGCAGCUGCGUGUGUCUGAGGACCUUUAGUCCAGUAGAUGUCCAGGAGCCAGGCAGGGACUGCUCAGUGGACAGAAACAACAGAAACUAAAAGCACUUUCUAGGAAAAUAUGAAUGUUUGAAUCAAGAAAGCUGAAAUUGUUAAUCUCUAACAUGAGAUUAGCAGGAUAUCGUGUUAACACAAGAGAUCUUGGUAAAGAAAAAAAAGACUAGGAUUCAUCAAUGUAGCUAAGCUUUAAAAAUAAUUUUAAUGUGAAAACCGUUACAUUGUCUCAAAUUACUGAGGACAUCAAAUGUCAGCGAUGAGAUCGUUGCAAAAAUGUUUCUUCGGGCUUGAGUGUGCCUUUUUUCAGAUUUCUGUUCUUUUAAUUUUGUGUUUUAUCUUUUGUAAAAUGAAGAUUUUUAGGUGUACAGGAUCACAAAGAGACCGGGAGUUUUCACGGUCAAAUGAAAGUGAGUUGGACUCCCAACAAACCUCAAAAGGUUUCAGACUUCUUUAAAGCUGGAUUUCCGUGGUCCACAGUGGAACACACUGUAAAAGAGAAACUGUCUUUUGGGCAGGAUAAAUAAAAUGUAUAAGUACACUGAUAACUCAAAAAGCAAUCUAACCAAUCAGAUCAAAAGAAAAAUAUUUCACAAGCAGGUGAAAGCAGAUAUAAGCCACAGGCACUAAUAAAAAGAAGUGAAUACCCUGCUAAUACAGUAACAGGGCCCUGGUGGCCCAUGGGUGAUAAGGCAAAGUGGUUGCUAAGUGCUUUGGUGAGCUGCACCUGUGGCUCUGAGCUCUGCUCCUCUCUGGCUAAAAGUCACAGUUUAAUCACCAGGAAUCAGUCAGAAUUAUACAUUGUUGAUGGGAUUAAACUCAAUAUCUGCAGUUAGCCUCAGUUACCUCUUUCAGUUUGGAAGGUCGAGCUGGUCUUGAUGUCAACAAAACAAAUGAAUAUGAAAAGAACAUAAGAUUUAAAUUCUGCUUUCUCUACAUUAAAACAUGCAUUCAUGAUAAAAAUGCUUUGGAGUUUAUGUGUUUGUGUACAAAGGUAAAUGUGUUUUUUACCUUCCAACACUGUUGUGUUUGUCAUGAGUCAGCUCUUUCACAACUAGCCUCGACGGCCGUUCUGCAGAUGCUUUCUCAUCAAAGCAAAGACAUUUCCAGCUCACUAGAGAUGGUAUACACACAUGUGCACACACAAACUUACUUCAUUAUUUAUUGUCUGGCAAUGGCUACUUUCUGUAGACUGCCGAGGCUCUUGCCUCCGUGUGCUUAGUGAUCCACAAAGCACCAGAUCCUUUACAGAACUGAUUAAUGCUGGUUCUGGCCGUGCCCCAGGCACAGAAACCUGGCCACCGGCCAAUCAAACAUACCCCAACCCUACUGGCUCCUGCAGAACCUCAGUAACCCUCCAGGUUUUAAGGGUAUUUUGACUCAUCUCAUCCUUCACCAAUUUGUCUGGCAACCAGGAAUAAUGUACAAUAUACAACCUUGUCUAGGAUUGUUGCAGCACUCAAACUCCUACAAUCUAACAUUCACCUGAAAAGGGUGGUUUACCAAGCCUAGAAGGCCAUCCUAUAUUCAUUCGUACCGUCUCUUCAUGCAGAUGGACAGCAGUAGGACCGAUCAGAGCAACAAACAAUAUGACACAUUCAUUACCACAGCUAUCAGUCAACAGGGCAGUCUGUCCUACACCAUCAAAGAAGAAGCAAAUCCAUACGUUUUCUAAAUAAACGACUUAAGUACCUUUGUCUGCUCAUGCCUCAAAUAAAGGCUCAAGUCCAAGUCAUCUAAAGUAGAUAAAAUUUCCAUUAGUCAUCACACUGGAGGAAAUUACAACUCCGCAUUUGACCCAUCUCCAUGGGGAGCUGCAGCAGUGGCUGUGCUCGGGAACUUUUUGGUGGUUUAACCCCCCAAUCCAACCCAUUAAAGCUGACUGUCAAGCAGGGAGGCGUUGGGACCCAUUGUUAAAGUAUUUUGUAUGACUCAACCAUGGAUUUGAGCCCAGAUCUCCCAAUCUCAGGGCAGACACUCAUACCACAGGCUACUGAGAAGGUAAUGCCAAAGCCAUUUCAAAUGAGUUCUGUUCCUGAGCAGAUGCCAUCUUUGUAGUUUUUCUCCAUCAAAGCUCUAGUGCUAAACCUGCCCAACAAGCGUAGAGAGCUGUGGAAAAGUAAAAUUGUUCGGUCCAAUAGACCUGCUGAGGCUACAAUGGAGCACGGCUAGAGAAACCUGCAGAGCAAAAUGUUUCUGUAUGUUAGUAAGUAAAUGUUAUUUAUACGUACAGCAAUCCCCACCGACAGAGAAUCACAAAGUGCUGUUUGCUACUGCUACGGUUGGUCUAGAUUUCUAGACUACUAUACAACAGUAUCCUACUGGCUAAAUGGACAGGUGAUUUUUAGUCUCUUUGAUUUGUUUUGUUGUUUUGCCAAAAGUUCAACUUAACAAGAAAAUAUUGCCAGAACUUGCAUCAGUAUUUGAUUUGAUCACACGCAUUAACAUUUUCUAAUAUUCACUGAAACAGUUUGAGCAACAAAAUCUAAAUACAUCCAUUUUCUUUCAUUUGGGGGAAAAAAAGGUGAUUUCCAAUUCUUCAGAAUUUUUUGCAAGCUUUCACUGGCUCACAUACGCCUCUAACAGCAGCUAUGAUGAAUAAUUGAUGUUUUCCUUCAGAGUGACUGUCCACAGCUUGUAGACGAAGUAAGUCGGCUUCUUGUUGAAGCAUGCACCAUAUACUUACUCUGGAAAACAAGGCCUUCUGGCUAAUGGAGUCAUUUAGGGGAGAGCGGUGGGAUGUGCACAGUUCUUCUGAGAUACCACGCUGAGGAGUGCUGGAGAGGACUAGACGACAAGCAACAUUAUAGUAUGUAAUUACUUCAAGCACCAUUAGGAACGCAUUAUCAUCCCAUGCUUAGCAAAGUCCAGCAUGCUCGCUGUGUGCGAUUGUGCAGUUUCCUUGCACAAACAGGUCCUAUUCAAGUGAUUAGCAAGUAAUGAGUAGAUUGCUCUGACAACAGAUUCCCUGUUUGCUAACAAUGCACCAGCUGAGGAAAUGGCUUGGAACUACAAAGCAGUCUGCUGUAUCCCUGCUGGCAGAGGCCAAGGCGGUGCUGUGGACUCAGCAGGAGGGACCCCGAUUACAUUUUUGACAGUAAAGUUGGACAUUAUGGUCAGCCUUUGGUGAAGUGACUUUCAAAAGUAAUUGGAAGAUUUCAGAGCAAGAAAAUGUUGGAUAAGUAAGGAUCAGUCAUUUGACCAUUCUAACGUUUUAAAGGUGUUGUAAACAUCUCAUUUAAUUUGUAUUAAACAUGCAGCUACUUUGGAGAAAGUUAGGGUUCAGUAGGGUAAUGACCUGUGGUAGAUGACAUUUCCAAUACCAGUUUGAACAAACAGAUUAAUUCUGAUCAAACUGGACCUGUCCAAGCUGAACCAGGAGCUAAGUUUAUUCAAAAGACUACAGACUUCUUUUUAACUAAUCAUCAUUCACAAACAGAAAAGUCAAAAUAUUUUAUUAAGUCCUUUUCUACAAUUGGAAAUUCUCGGUAAAUUUACCGGCCCUUCACAGCAUGCUCAUGUCUUCAUUUCACCAGGCCAGCCCAAAAGAACCAUUUUCUGGGUCAUUUUCUGGACCAACCAAGUACCUGUACUAAGGUAUGUACUCGGAAAUGGCCUGGUAACUCAGUAGGAAAUGACAUCAGCAUAUGUUGCCAAACAACCAGCAUUUUUAAAGUGGAAGAAUUGCUGGUAAAGCAGAAUGGAAGGAAAAAGAAAACCAUAAUGCUGCUAUAAAACGGUUGCCAUUAAACUCCCAAUGCCCACCACAAUGCUUGAUGGUUUCCUACAGAGCGCCAUUAACAACGGUAUUUCAUCUGGCCAUUAAACGCCACUUUUUAUGUCACACAGUCGCUCUCUUGGUCCGCUGACUGGAUUAAAAUACAACAUACUUUGACAGGAUGAAGUUUUUGACACACUUAAUGUUAAUGGAUGCCCUUUGGCGUUGAUCACUGACAUCAAUCAUUGCUGAAACUGUAGUGAUAGGUUGACGUCUAAGCAAAGUCCUGAAAGGUUUGAUUUGUAUGGAGACACAAAGACUGAAAGGAUGUCCAUCUGUCCAUUAUCUUUUGCUUAUCCGGAGUUGGGUCGCAGGGGCAACAGUCGGGAAGCGGGGCCAGUAGCCUAAGUCGAGAGGCCCACACUUCCCUCUCCCCAGCCACUUGGGCCAGCUCUGGGGGAACCCCAAGGUGUUUCCUGGCCAGGCAAGAGACAAAGUCCCUCCAACGUGUCCUGGGUCUCCCUUUAGGUCCCCUCCCGGUUGGACAUGCCCGGAAAAGAUCAAGGACGUCCCUCCCAGAAAUGCCCCAGAACUGGUGAAAAAACAGCUAACGCCUCAAUGUGAUGGAAAUGAAACAAGCUUUCUUACAUAGGGAGGCUCGGUCUUAGAGAGUAGGAGAAGCUUAGACCUUUGGGUGAGGCAAAAGCAGCUGAAGUGGUUCAGAUCUGAUCAGGAUGCCUCCCUGUUGCCUUCUUUAGGGAGGAAGAAACCAUGGGGUGUAUCCAGAACUCACUCCUUUCUGGCCUGGGAAUUAUUGUGUGAUCCAAGUAUUUAAAAGCUUCAUCAGCUUUCAUAGAAAUGGGAGGAAAAUACAUCUUUAAUCAACAGAAUCAACUAUAGUGAACAACACAUUUUCACUUGUGCCCUUCCAUUGAGGUGGGUCGUGGCGUGUCAUGACUCAACAUUCACUUUUCAGCAGUUAAACACAAGGCAGCAAAAAUUCUACCUGGCCAAUCAUAGACUACCAGGUAAAGAAAUGGGCCCAUACAAAACGGUCAGUUCAUCGAUCUACUGUUAGCAUUGACUUUUGCAUUACAGCCCUGCGUGCACUGCAGUAUCGCACUCAUCAAACUUUAAAACCGACUUCUAUCUGAUUCUGAAAUUCAAAAGAAGAACGGUUCAUGUAGCAGAGUGUUGAUUACUUCAUCACAGCACUCGCCAACAGCAGCAACAAUUUGUCACUCAGCGGUGACCUUCUAAAUUGUUUUGCUGCUCUUUCAUUUAUACAGUUUUUCCUUUUAAGCAAUCAAACUCUUACUAAUUCAUCUUAAAUGAGUUCGACUUUAUUUGCUUUAAUUGCUGUUGUUAAAAAAAGAGGAAAUACUGUAAGUCAAUAUGACAUUUAUGUGUUUUGGGGUAAAAAUCUGAGUGAAUUAAAAAAUCUCAUUAGUAUCCUGCCAAGACAGUCUGUUAUUUUUACAGCAUGCCACUGUUGUAACAAAACAGAAUGUUAGCAAUGUGUUUUAUUAAAGCUCUAAAGCCCCCAGUGUACCCCCCAGUGCACAUUUGACUUAAAUCUCCUGUGAAGUGAAAGCAUUAUGUGGUAAAUUAUAUAUCACAGCUUUGCUUUGAGAGGAUUAUUGCAGUUUGAAAGAUUAGGAGGAGGUUGGGUGGGUAGCCUUGCUAAUUGCUGUAUUAAUGCUGAUUCAAGGGCCUCUCACUGAGUGUUGGCUUUGACUCAAAAUUAACAUAAGGGGGGAAACAAUUUGCUUUAGAGUUUCUUCUUUUUAUAAUAUGGGCUGGUCCUAAUUGGUGAUGAAUGCCUAAUUAAUAUCAAAUUCAACCCAGAAUUAGUGGUCUAGUGUUAUUAGUCAUCAGGGAAUUCCAAGCUUCUGCUCACGGUGACAUUUAAAAUCAGCUUUUAUUAAUAUGAAAGCUCUUUUUUCCUACUUUAUAUCAGCUAAUAAACUACUAGAGACUAAUAUAUGUCAAUAAACUAUGUCAAUCGCAAUUGCAGGAGUUAAAUUAUGGAACAGUCUAACAGAAGAGAUAAAAGAAAGUAAAAACAUAAACCAGUUUAAGUAAAAUAAAAACCUAAUUUUAAAUAAGUAUAAGAAUGAAGAAAAGAGGGUUAACCCAGAAUGGUAAAUGUGGCCGGUUAUGCUGUUGUGCUUCUUUUUCGGUGUGUUUUGGUUUGUUUGGUUUUUCUUUUUUUCUUCAUAACUGGUGAAUCUGCAGAUUUACACAUUUUCUGUUUUCCAUAUGUUGUUUUUUUUUAUAUAUUUUUUUUUCAUAUGUUGUUUGUUUAAUUUUAGACUGAAAGAAAAUUAAUGAAUGAAUAAGAGGUUAAACUUGGGGGUAGGGAAAAAUAAGUAAAUACUUCUGCCUACUCCUUUUCAAACAAAUUAUGGAAUUAUAUUUUGUAAUGAUACAUGUGUGAAAUGUUUGAAAUAAAAAUGAGCUGAACUGAACUGAACUGAA